AAACGAGACACCAUUUUGAACUUGUUGAUAACUACGUUUGGCAGCGAUGGAGGAAAGACACAGAGUGAGAGGGGGUAGUUGGAAGAGAGGUGGUGGUGGUGGACAUGACAACGACAACGCAGGUAGUGAACACCGGGGCCGAGGGCGAGGAGGUAACGUUAACCACAGAGGCCGAGGUAAAAGGGACCAUUAUCGUGGGCGUGGACGGGGUGGAAACGACGCAGCAUCGGGCUUCCAUCACCGCGACCAUAAUGAAGGGAAUGUGCAAACAUUGGACUGGGAUGAGGGUGAGAAGGUGGUGUUCUCCAGGAGAAAGCUGGAGUCUAACUGGGACCGCUACCUGGAGUCUGAACGGGUGGAGCCAGCCGACGACACACCCGCAGUCAGGGGAACAGACUAUCAUGUCCUGCUGGAAUCUGCAGGGGACUCGGUAACUCAAUUCAGGUUUACUGAAGAAAAGGACUGGGAGCUAGACCCCGUGGCCUCCAGUCAGAUGUCUGCGGUGCGGUUGGACCUGGUGGCUCUGGCGCAGUGCCUCCAGGCUCUUCCCCUCCACCAGAGACUGCAGCUGGAGGCAGAGCUGGUCCAGGUGUCAACACCUCUAGAGUUGCCUGCUGCAACCGUUCCACCCAAGCAGGACCCCGUCGUGUGCACUGCUCCCAUCCCGGCUGCCAGAGGCCCCGACACGAGCCCCAGACUUUCCUUGGCCGCGAGUCUGCCGACCGCCUCUCCAGCUCAGGUGACCCGCGCCUCGGCCAACCUGUUGCCUGCAGACGACGCGGACGCAGAACUGGACCUCCUGCUGGGCUUGGACAAGCCUGAUCAAGGCGCUACAGGGAGCCAGCCUGCGGAAACGUCGGACAAACACGUUGUACAGGAGGUUGCGCCGGAGGUGACGGAGAUAGUGACGGAGGCACCAGAGAGGGUGGAGGAAGAGCCGGCCCCGCCCACCAAGAUGGAGCCAGCCAAAAAGGAAGUGACGGAGGAGGAUCUGGAGGACUGGCUGGACAGUAUGAUCUCCUGACCAGGCCAGUACAGACCUGUCUUGUACUGCAAUGAAAACUUUUAACUCAAGGUUUCAAAGUUUCCACUUGCUAUGCUCCAUCCUCUGCACCACCCUGUUCUUUCCGCCGCCACCAUCCAAGAACCGAUGCCGGAGCUUUUUCUUGAAACUAACACUCAGUUAUGGACGUGAAUAGUGCUUCUUUUUGAGUGGGUGGCUGAAGGCUCUCGCUCCCCUGAGAUGUACAAUGUGAUUGAAGUUUCACCGGUGACCGUGUGGAAGACAUGCUGAAGGCACUAAGGAACACAUUCUGGUUU